AGCAAUGAGAUUGACAGGAUCAAGAAAGAGAAUGAUAACUUGCAACUUGAGCUCAGGCACUUGAAGGGGGAAGAUAUACAGUCUCUCAACUUAAAAAACCUGAUGGCCGUAGAGCAUGCCAUUGAACAUGGCCUCGACAAAGUCCGAGACCACCAGAUGGAGUACCUCAUGACGAAAAGGAGAAAUGAAAAAAUGUUGGCGGAGGAGAAUCGGCAACUCAGUUUCCAGCUGCAACAACAGGAGAUGGCUAUAGCUAGCAAUGCAAGAGGUAUGAUGAUGAGGGAUCAUGAUGGACAAUUUGGAUACAGAGUCCAGCCGAUUCAGCCAAAUCUUCAGGAAAAGAUUAUGUCGUUGGUCAUCGAUUGA